AGAGCGAGAGAGAGAGAGAGGCAGAACAAGCUGAUUGAUGGCAAUAAAGUGAUCCAUUAUGGCUCUAAUGAUCCCACCGGUGAAGCUAAAAUGGUUAGAGCACCUCAACAGCUCCUGGAUUACAGAGGACAGUGAGUCCAUUGCCACAAGAGAGGGUGUUUCUAUCUUGUACAGCAAGCUAACCAGUAGUAAGGAGGUGGUGCCAUUGCCACAGCAGGUGCUCUGCCUUAAGGGACCCCAGUUGCCCGAGUUUGAACGCGAGUCCCUCUCUAGCGAUGAGCAGGAACACUACCUAGAUGCUCUCCUCAGUAGCCAGCUGGCUCUGGCAAAGUUGGUUUGUUCAGAUUCCCCAUUUGCAGCAGCACUUCGGAAGCGACUACUGGUGCUACAGCGCAUCUUUUAUGCACUUUCCACCAAAUAUCAUGAUAAAGGUAAAGUCAAACAGCAACAACAUUCGCCUGAAAGUAGCUCUGGAUCCACAGAUAUUCAUUCUGUCAGUGAGCGUCCGAGAUCCAGUACAGAUGCUCUAAUAGAGAUGGGGGUUCGGACUGGACUGAGUUUAUUGUUUGCACUAUUAAGACAGAGCUGGAUGGUGCCUUCCCCAAUUCCAAGCUUGAAUCUCUGUAAUGAUGUUAUUCACACUGCAAUUGAUGUAAUAAGUUCAUUACCACCAUUAUCUUUAGCAAAUGAAAGUAAAAUUCCAGCAAUGGGAUUGGAUUGCUUAUCCCAAGUGACAAUGUUCCUAAAAGGAGUUACUAUGCCCAGCUCAGGAGCAGAUAAUUUGGGGCGAAGACUAGCUUCAGAAUUGUUGCUUGGACUUGCAGCACAACGUGGCUCUCUGAGAUACCUUCUGGAAUGGAUAGAAAUGGCCUUGGCUGCAUCAGCUGUUGUUAGCACUAUGGAGAAAACAAAACUUUCUUUAAGCCGAGAGGGAAUGAUCGGUUAUGACUGCUUCAUGAACAUUCUCCUGCAGAUGAGACGCUCUUUGGGUUCAUCAGCCGAUAGAAGUCAAUGGCGAGAACCUACUAGGACACCUGAUGGGCUGUGCUCUCUAUAUGAAGCGGCUUUAUGCCUUUUUGAAGAGGUUUGUCGAAUGGCUUCAGACUACUCCAGAACAUGUGCAAGUCCUGAUAGUUUGCAGAGUGGAGAUGCUCCCAUGUUAUCGGAAACGUGUGAAGUGUAUGUCUGGGGCAGUAACAGCAGUCAUCAGCUAGUGGAGGGCACGCAGGAGAAAAUUCUCCAACCAAAAUUGGCUUCAAGUUUUGCCGAUGCUCAGACUAUUGAAGCAGGACAGUACUGCACAUUUGUCAUUUCAUCUGAUGGAUCAGUGAGGGCCUGUGGUAAAGGAAGCUAUGGGAGACUUGGUCUUGGUGAUUCAAACAAUCAGUCAACCUUAAAAAAGUUAACAUUUGAACCACAUCGAGCUAUCAAAAAGAUUUCCUCAUCAAAAGGUUCUGAUGGUCACACUUUGGCCUUUACUACAGAGGGAGAAGUUUUCAGCUGGGGUGAUGGUGACUAUGGAAAACUUGGACAUGGAAACAGUUCUACACAAAAAUAUCCCAAACUUAUUCAAGGACCUUUGCAAGGAAAAGUAGUUGUGUGUGUAUCUGCUGGCUAUAGACACAGUGCUGCUGUCACAGAAGAUGGAGAAUUGUACACCUGGGGAGAGGGAGACUUUGGGCGUUUAGGUCAUGGAGAUAGCAACAGCCGUAAUAUUCCGACUUUGGUGAAGGAUAUUAGCAAUGUAGGCGAGGUUUCCUGCGGAAGCUCACAUACCAUCGCAUUAUCUAAAGAUGGAAGAACAGUGUGGUCUUUUGGAGGAGGUGACAAUGGCAAGCUUGGUCACGGUGAUACGAACAGAGUUUAUAAGCCAAAAAUUGUUGAAGCUUUACAAGGAAUGUUCAUUCGUAAAGUAUGUGCUGGGAGCCAAUCUUCACUUGCUUUGACAUCAACAGGACAGGUAUAUGCUUGGGGUUGUGGUGCCUGUCUCGGUUGUGGCUCUUCAGAAGCUACUGCCUUGAGACCCAAGCUGAUUGAGGAGCUGGCCACCACAAGAAUAGUUGACAUUUCAAUAGGCGACAGCCAUUGUUUGGCACUUUCACAUGAUAACGAGGUGUACGCUUGGGGCAAUAAUUCUAUGGGGCAGUGUGGCCAGGGAAACUCAACUGGCCCAAUAACUAAGCCCAAAAAAGUGAUUGGAUUGGAUGGAGUAGCCUGCCAACAGAUUUCUGCUGGAACGUCACAUAGCUUAGCCUGGACAGCAUUACCCAGAGACAGGCAAGUUGUCGCUUGGCACAGACCUUACUGUGUAGAUUUGGAAGAAAGCACUUUUUCGCACCUGCGAUCAUUUCUCGAGUGGUACUGUGAUGGAAUCAACAAUGAUGUUCCACCUCUUCCCUUUCCAUCAUCAAGAGAACAUCAUAAUUUUCUGAAACUCUGUCUUAAACUGCUUUCAAACCAUCUGGCACUUGCUCUAGCUGGGGGAGUAGCCACCAGUAUUCUUGGGAGACAAGCUAGGCCUUUGAGAAACCUGCUGUUCAGACUAAUGGAUUCCUCUGUGCCAGAUGAAAUUCAAGAGGCUGUCAUAGAGACCCUUUCUGUAGGUGCUACUAUGUUACUUCCUCCACUGCGUGAAAGAAUGGAACUGCUUCAUUCACUACUACCCCAGGGCCCUGACAGGUGGGAAAGCCUAUCAAAAGGACAGAGGAUGCAGUUGGAUAUUAUUCUCACAAGCCUUCAGGAUCACACCCAUGUGGCUUCUUUGCUAGGCUACAGCACUCCUCCUGAUGUCAUUGAAACUCCCUGCACAGGACCAUUGUAUAACAGCCUCCCCGAUGGAUCCUAUGGCUCCCAAGGCAGCCAUCCUGAUACUCAUUUAGCAGAAAUUUUGAUGAAAACCCUGUUAAGGAAUCUUGGAUUCUAUACUGAUCAGGCUUUUGGCGAGCUUGAAAAGAAUAGUGAUAAGCAGCUAUUGGGGACUUCGUCAGCUGAAAACAGUCAGCCAGCUCACUUACAUGAAUUGCUAUGCUCGUUGCAGAAACAACUUUUGGCUUAUUGCCAUACCAACAGUGUCAGUGAGAGUUCCAGCAGUGUGGCUUUACUGCACAAACAUCUACAACUCCUGCUGCCUCAUGCAACAGAAAUUUACUUGCGUUCUGCAACAUUGCUGAAAGAGAGCUCCUGGAAUGGGAGUGUCAGGGAUAAACUCCAAGGUGUCCUCUAUGGUUCAGCAGCAGGGAGCAUGCUCUGUCAGAUCAUUAACUCAUUGUUGCUACUACCUGUAUUUGUGGCACGACCUUUGCUAAGCCAUCUGCUGGAUUUAUUACCAUCAUUAGAUCGUUUGAACCGACUUUUACCGGCUGCAGCCCUUUUAGAAGAUCAGGAGUUACAAUGGCCAUUACAUGGUACCCUUGAGCAUGUUGACCCUGCUGAUUUGUCCAUGCCACAGCCUGCCCUGUCUUGGGUCUGGCUUGUAGAUCUGGAGAGAACUCUUGCACUACUUGUAGGCCGCUGCCUUGGUGGUAUGCUCCAGGGCCCACCCAACUCACCAGAGGAACAAGAUACUGCCUAUUGGUUAAAAACUCCUCUAUUCAGCAAUGGAUUGGAAAUGGAUCUUCCCCAACUAGAUAAAUGUAUGAGCUCUUUAUUGGAAGUCGCACUGUCUGGAAAUGAAGAACAAAAACCAUUUGAAUACAACCUUGGUUCUGAUGACAUUAUGUUUAUUGAUCUGUCUUUGGGUUGUACUAAAGAACCUGCCAAUGCUCUGUGGCUCAAAAUGCAGGAUUAUGCCGUCAGCAAAGACUGGGAUAGUGCGAUUCUCAGCAAUGAGUCCUUGUUGGAUACAGCUUCAAGAUUUGUUCUUGCAGCUCUUUUAAAACACACUAGCUUGCUAAAUCAAGCUUGCGGAGAGAGCAGGUACCAGCCCAGUAAAACUCUUGCAGAAGUUUAUCGUUGUGUGUACAAAGUUCGUAACAGGCUGUUAGCAUGUAAAAACAUGGAACUUAUCCAGACUCAGUCACCUUCCAGGGAUAGAUGGUUGUCUGGAAAUCCGGAUUCUACAGAGGACCAAGAGCACUCAUUUACCCGCACCAUUGAUGAGGAAGCUGAAAUGGAAGAACAGGCAGACAGAGAUCGUGAGGAAGAACACCUGGAACAAGGGGAUGAGGAAGAAGAAGAAGAAGAAGAAGAAAGGGAACAAGAGGUCAUGACUGCUGGCAAAAUCUUUCAAUGUUUUCUAUCAGCCCGUGAAAUUGCUCGUGGCCGCGAUCGAGAGCGAAUGAACAGCACCACUGGAAUUGGGAAUGGAAUAGUUGUGCAGCUUGAUGAUCCACCCACUCAGCUCCUGGAAGAACGCAGGGUCAGCACAGGACUUCCAGAAGGGCAGGACCUGUAUACAGCAGCGUGCAAUUCUGUCAUCCAUCGCUGUGCACUGUUGAUUCUAGGAGUCAGCCCAGUUGUACAAGAAUUGCAUCAAAAAGAUGAAGGGCAGACCCGAACUUCUGUUUCUGGAGUUACUGAAGGCCUUGGAUUCAUGACUAGAAGUGAGAGUUUAACAGCAGAGAGCCAUUCUGUGCAAACUGGUUCGACCCACAAACUGACUAAAUCAAGAAGUGAGUCAGAUUUAUCUCAGCCAGAAUCUGAUGAGGAAGGAUAUGGAUUGAGCUCCAGAAGAAAUGUGGAUUUGGAUUUGGCAUUUACUCGGAGAAAAUGGGGUCCUCUUCAUAGUCCGACCGAUUCUCUCCGGGGCUCCUGGACACGAUUGAAACACAGCAGAGAUCAAUCGUAUGAUUCUUCAUACUCCUACAGUGGAUCUGAUUGUGAUCUGAAUAAACUGCUCGGAAUCCACACAUUUAUUGAAAACAUAGUUAGCUUUGUAAGUGGAGGUAUGGGCACUUCUCCAGGUUUUAAAGAGCCUGAAGAAAAUAUGUCCACCAACCCUCAGGCUAUCAUUAUUGCCAUGGAACAGCAACAGCUUAGGUCAGAGCUUCGUCUGGCUGCACUUCACCAAGUCUUGGUAUUGCUUACUGGAAUGGAGGAAAAGGGGAGCCUGUUAAUAGGAAGUAAUUGCCCAGGUUCAGGUUUCCAGUCAUCAUCUUUACUGACUUCAGUCAGACUACAAUUCCUAGCAGGAUGCUUUGGCCUCGGGACUGUAGGAAAUGCAGGAUUUAAAGGCGAAAGUGUUCAAUUGCACCACUAUCAGGAUGGUAUCAGGGCUGCCAGGAGAAAUAUUCAGCUGGAUAUCCAGAUUGCAGUCCACAAAAUAUACCAACAGCUGUCUGCUACUCUGGAGCGUGCAUUGCAGGCAAAUAAGCAUCACGUUGAAGCACAGCAGCGCCUUUUGCUGGUUACCGUGUUUGCACUUAGUGUGCGUUACCAGCCAGUGGAUGUCUCAUUGGCAAUCUCCAGUGGUUUAUUGAAUGUGUUAUCCCAGUUGUGCGGCAAUGACACAAUGCUUGGACAACCACUUCAGUUGAUACAAAAGCCUGGUCUUUCACAGCUCAGCACAGCUUUGAAGGUUGCAAGCACUAGACUUCUUCAGAUUCUAGCCAUCACGACAGGAACCUAUGCAGACAAACUGAAUCCUAAGGUGGUUCAGUCUCUAUUGGAUUUGUUGUGCAGCCAGCUGAAGAAUCUCCUAUCACACGCUGGAGUAAAAUUGAUCGAGCCACGUGAAGAAGGAGAAAACAAACUGGAUGAGGCUGUUGAAGCUGACGGUACCAAAGAUUUCAGAGCAGUUCUUCGAAAACAACACUCAGCAGAGCUACAGCUUGGCGAUUUCCUUGUUUUCCUCCGUAGAGUUGUUUCUUCAAAAGCUAUUCAAUCCAAAAUGGCAUCUCCCAAAUGGACUGAGGUGUUACUUAAUAUUGCUGCUCAAAAAUAUUUUUCAGGUGUGCCUCUGGUUGGUAAUCUCAGAACAAGGCUACUUGCCCUUCAUGUUCUAGAAGCGGUACUGCCUGCUUGCGAGUCAAGUGUUGAAGAUGAUCAAAUGAUGCAGGUGGUGGAGCGGCUUUUUUUGCUCAUAUCUGACUGCAUGUGGGAGGCACCUAUAGCUCAGGCAAAACGUGCUCUUCAAGUGAAGGAGAAAGAACAAGAGAUGAAAUUACAGAAGCAAGGAGACAGUGAGGAAGAAGAUGAAAAUCUUCCUAUUCAGGAAGUGUCCUUUGAUCCUGAAAAAACGCAAUGUUGUGCUGUGGAGAACGGACAAGUUCUGACUCAUGGUAGUGGUGGAAAAGGCUAUGGAUUAGCAUCAACUGGCAUUACGUCUGGAUGCUACCAGUGGAAGUUUUACAUAGUAAAGGAAAAUCGAGGUAAUGAGGGCACCUGUGUCGGAGUAUCUCGUUGGCCUGUACAUGACUUCAACCAUCGCACCACUUCAGACAUGUGGCUGUACAGAGCAUACAGCGGUAAUCUGUACCACAAUAGUGAGCAGACACUGACCCUUUCCAGCUUCACUCAAGGAGAUUACAUAACUUGUGUGUUGGAUAUGGAAGCCAGGACAAUCUCAUUUGGGAAGAAUGGCGAGGAACCCAAACUAGCAUUUGAAGAUGUGGAUGCAGCUGAAUUAUAUCCUUGUGUAAUGUUCUAUAGUAGCAAUCCUGGGGAAAAGGUUAAAAUCUGUGAAAUGCAAAUGCGUGGCACACCUCGGGAUUUACUGCCUGGUGAUCCUAUAUGUAGCCCUGUGGCUACUGUACUUGCAGAGGCCACUAUCCAACUCAUCCGCAUUCUUCAUCGUACAGACAGGUGGACGUACUGUAUCAACAAAAACAUGAUGGAUCGUUUGCAGAAAAUCAAAUCUUCCAUAAAAGAUGGUGGUCAGAAAUUAAAGAAGAGUCGUUCUGUGCAAAGCAGAGAGGAACACGAAAUGAAAGAAGAGAGCAAGGAGGAGGAAAAAGGCAAGCACAGCAAGCAUGGGUUGGCAGAGCUUGCUGAAAUCCAGCUGAAGACCUUGUGCACUGAAGUGUGGCCUGUGCUGGCAGUAAUUGGUGGUGUGGAUACGGGCCUAAGAGUUGGAGGGAGAUGUGUACACAAACAAACUGGUCGCUAUGCUACCCUUUUAGGUGUAGUCAAGGAAGGGAGCACAUCUGCGAAGGUUCAGUGGGAUGAUGCAGAAAUUACAAUAAGCUUCCCAACUUCUUGGUCGCCUAGUGACACACCACUGUACAACUUGGAACCGUGUGAGCCACUCCCUUUCGAUGUGUCAAGAUUUCGUGGGUUAACAGCCUCCUUACUACUAGACCUCACCUACCUGAGUGGCAUCCACGAGGAUGGAGGAAAACCGAGCGGAAGAAGGCACGAGAAAAAGUACAUCAGACUUGAAUCUGAUGAGAAAGGAGACAGUGAUCAGAAAACCGAGGCAGAUCUCACAAAAGACAACCUUGAUCAGCGAAUGUUAAUACAGCCAUCUGAAGAGGUUAAAAGUUUUAUCCCAAGUGGUGCUCCAACUUCUCGAUCCGAAAGUGAAAUUUCAACUUAUACUGUAGACUCUGCGCAUCUCAAUUUGGAUUCUCAGCAUCAUGUACUAGAGGCAAAACGGAAAAUGCACGAACACAUAUUUAAAAAUCAUGACUUGGUGCAGUCUGAAAUUAGAGCAGUGCAAUUGUCUUAUCUAUAUCUUGGUGCAAUGAAAACCAUUAGCGCUCUGCUUAGCUGUAGCAAGUAUGCAGAACUGUUGCUAAUCCCAAAGGGUUUUGCUGAAAAUAGCCACAAUUCGGACUGUGCUGGACCUCCUGUUCUACAGGAAGAUGUGGAAUUGAGAGCCGCACUCCAAUUUCUGAUGCGCCACAUGGUGAAACGGGCUGUAAUGCGGUCCCCAAUUAAGAGAGCUUUGGGACUGACCGAAUUGGAGCGUGCACAAGCCAUGAUUUAUAAACUGAUAGUGAACUCGUUGCUGGACGAUCAAUUUGGUGGCAAAGCAAAACCAGUAGAUAUCAUACAUCAAUCUGAGGAAGUGGAUAUAGCUAUGCAAGCCCAAACACCUGUCACUACAAGCCCGUCUGCUUCAAGCACCACAUCGUUCAUGAGUAGCUCUCUGGAAGACACCACCACCGCUACUACCCCGGUCACUGACACUGAGACUGUGCCUGCCUCAGAAUCGCCAGGCGUAAUGCCUCUCAGCCUUCUACGCCAAAUGUUCUCCAGUUAUCCAACCACCACAGUACUUCCCACACGACGGGCACAAACUCCACCUGUCGCGUCCCUCCCAACUUCACCUUCCGAAGAGGUGGGUAGAAGACAAAGUCUUACCUCGCCUGAAUCCCAGCCAACCCGGUCAGCAAAUCGCACAGCUUCUUCAGAUCCCAGCAGCAGACUUUCAACUUCACCCCCACCACCACCUAUUGCUGUUCCUCUUUUAGAGAUGGGAUUUUCGCUCAGGCAGAUUACAAAGGCCAUGGAAGCCACGGGUGCCAGAGGAGAAGCAGAUGCACAGAACAUCACAGUGUUGGCUAUGUGGAUGAUAGAACAUCCAUGUGUAGAGGAAGAUGAUGAACCACAAUCCUCAGUUAAUGCAGAUUCAUGUCCUGGAGCAACAGCCUCAAGUAAUGGGGGGAAAUGCAGAGAGAUGAGUUAUUUACAGGCACCUGGAGAAAUACCUGCUGCUGAUGCCACAGAAUUAGAGGAAGGUUUCAGCGAGAGCCCUGAUGGACAAGAUCAAGGAGAGGGUGAAUCAACCAUGAACACACCUCCUUCCAGAAGCAGAUCAACUGUCACGAGGAGACAGAAGUUUGAACUGGCAGCUCGAACAUUGCUGGCACGUGCAGCAGGACUGUACCGUUCAGUUCAAGCACAUAGAAACCAAAGUCGGCUGGACGGAACAUCCAUGCAACAGGACUCCAGUGCUCUCCAUGACUUUAACCUUGAUGAAGAGCUGGAGAUUGAUCUGGAUGAUGAGGCAAUGGAAGCCAUGUUUGGUCAGGAUUUUACAAGUGAUAGCGAUAUAUUGGGAAUGUGGAUUCCAGAGCACGUUUGCGAGUCUGAUGAAAGGGAAGAAGUGAUCAUCUGUGAACUGUGUGAUGCAAGUGUUGCUCAAUUUAACCAACACAUGAAGAGAAGUCACCCAGGCUGUGGGCGAAGUGCCAAUCGACAGGGUUACCGCAGCAAUGGAUCCUAUGUUGAUGGGUGGUUUGGAGGCGAAUGUGGAAGUGGAAAUCCCUACUAUCUGUUAUGUAGCAGCUGUAGAGACAAAUACCUGUCUGGGAAGAGCAAGACAAAGGUGCCUGUCUCAGAAAGGUAUAAAGGCCAGGCACCAGAUUUGAUAGGCAAACAGGAGAGUGUAUAUGAAGAAGACUGGGACAUGUUAGACGUUGAUGAGGAUGAGAAGCUGACUGGAGAAGAGGAAUUUGAGCUAUUGGCUGGACCUCUUGGUCUGAGUGAACGUAGAAGUGUACCUGAGCCCGUACAGUUUCCUGACAGUGAUCCCCUGGGAGCAUCCGUUGCAAUGGUAACAGCAACCAACAGUAUGGAAGAAACACUCAUGCAAAUAGGGUGUCUGGGAUCCGUAGAUAAAUCCUCAUCUGGGAGAGUGACACUCGGAGAACAAGCAGCUGCCCUUCUUAACCCACACGACCGAGUUAUGGCCCUUAGGAGAGUGACUGCGGCAGCACAGGUCCUACUUGCAAGGACCAUGGUUAUGAGAGCUUUAUCACUGCUCUCUGUCAGUGGUUCUAGCUGCAGUCUUGCAGCAGGUCUGGAAUCUUUGGGACUGACUGAUAUCAAGACCCUGGUUCGGCUGAUGUGUCUGGCUGCAGCAGGUAGAGCUGGUCUCUCCCCAAGGUCACCUUCCAAUGCUUCAGAUCGUCCUCGUGGGAUUCAUAGCAAAAUCAACAAGCCGAUUUCCUGUUUGGCCUACUUGAGUACUGCAGUGGGCUGUUUAGCUUCCAAUAGUCCAAGUGCAGCAAAGCUGCUUGUUCAGUUGUGCACACAGAACUUGAUCUCAGCAGCAACUGGUAUGAAUCUAACUACUGUAGAUGAUCCCAUUCAGAGAAAAUUUCUGCCCAGCUUCCUUCGAGGUAUAGCCGAGGAAAAUAAACUUGUGACCUCUCCGAAUUUUGUUGUAACUCAAGCACUGGUGGCACUGCUUGCUGACAAAGGUGCCAAACUGAGACCAACCUAUGACAAGACUGAGAUGGAAAAAAAAGGUUUUAUUGCCCAUUUGUAUGCCCAUCCUUCCUAUGAUCCUUCUGCUGUAGGCCCUCUGGAACUGGCUAAUGCCUUAGCAGCUUGCUGUCUCUCGUCCAGACUCUCUUCCCAACACAGACAGUGGGCUGCCCAGCAGCUUGUUCGAACUCUUGCAGCACAUGAUCGUGAUAACCAGAGCAAACCACAGACAUAUGCUGACAUGCCUGGAGACCUGCGCAAAUGUUCAUUCAUGAAGUUGGAAGCACAUCAGAAUAGGGUGAUUACCUGUGAAUGGUGUAAUAAGAAAGGUCUCCUGGCAACUGGUGGCAAUGAUGGAACUGUUAGAGUGUGGAAUGUCACCAAAAACAAUUAUACUUUGCAGCAAACAUGUGUCUUCAACAAGUCAGACAUCAUUUCCGAAGAAAACAUGGGCAAUCUAGGAUCCCCCAGUGAACUAAAUUUGUCUCCUGUUUGUUGGAGUGUGAGUGGCAAAUAUGUGGCAGCAGCAAUAGAAAAAGUGGUGAACAUCUGGCAAGUCAACGGAGGUAAAGGACUUUUGGACUUGCAGCCACAUUGGGUUUCAGCUCUAGCCUGGCCAGAAGAAGGGCCAGUAGCAUGCUGGGCUGGUGAUACCUUGGAAGUUCUACUUGUAGGACGCAUGAAUGGAUCCCUGGGACUCAUUGAAGUUGUAAAUUCUUCAACCAUGCACAGAAUUGAACUCGAGCACUGCUACAGAAUGGAUGUGGCUGUAAUGGCCAUUGCCUGGUAUAGUGAAGACAAGCCAUUUGCAGUUGGAUAUGCUGAUGGAAAAAUGUUGAUAGGUACGAAAGAACCUUUGGAAAAGGGAGCAGUUAUAAUUGAUGCACAUAAGGAAUGUAUUACUUGCAUGAAGUGGGACCCAUUAGGCUCGAUGCUUAUUUCCUGUGCCAAAGAAAACACUGUAAAAGUGUGGAGUUGUCUAGGUGGCAGCUGGCGUUGCCUUUACGCACUUUCUCAUCCAGCAAUGGUGAAUGGUAUUGUCUGGUGCAGACAAAUAGGAAAAGGCUCCAAGUUGCGACUUAUGUUAGCCAGUGGUUGUCAGAAUGGUUUGGUGUGUGUUUGGACUAUUCCUCAAGAUGUUUUCAGUGUAUCACAGUCGAGUUCUAACAGUUCCGAUGAAUGGUGGGAGCAGGACUCCAAAAGCCAAGCAAAGGCUAGAUAUAAGAAAGCUGGGGAGGCUCUGUGCAUUUAUCAACUGAGGGGACACAUCACUCCAGUAAGAACUGUGGCUUUCAGCCCUGAUGGACUGGCCUUGGUGUCAGGAGGACAUGGUGGGCUAAUGAACAUCUGGUCUUUAAGGGAUGGCUCUCUGUUACAAAGCGUAGUGACUGGUUCUGGAGCUAUUCAAAAUACUGUCUGGAUCCCUGAAGUUGGUGUUGCAGCUUGUUCUAAUAGGUCAAAGGAUGUGUUGGUGGUGAAUUGCACACCUGAAUGGAUAUCUGCAAACCAUGUUCUUGCGACAUGUAGGACUUCACUGAGAAAACAAGGAGUGGUUGGGCUAAACAUGGCACCGUGCAUGAGAGCUUUCCUUGAAAGGUUGCCAGAUAUGCUGCAGGAGCAAUAUGCCUAUGAAAAGCCUCAUGUCAUCUGUGGAGAUCAACUUGUCCACAGCCCAUACAUGCAGUGCCUUGCUUCAUUAGCAGUCGGCCUUCAGCUGGAUCAGCUCUUAUGUAAUCCACCAGCUUCGCCUAAUCAAAGAAGUUUUGCCCCUGACCCUUCGAGUUGGAAUGCCUCCGAGUGGUCCUGGCUAGAAUGCUUUUCCACCACUGUCAAGACCGCAGAAGCAUUGGCUAAAGGAGCACCUUUCCCACAAUGCUUCAAUGUUCCAGACUUAGAACGUGUACCAGAGGAGGAACUUACACUUGUGAUGGACAAUACCAAGUGGUUCACAGGAAUGGAUGAACAAAUUAUGUCAUGGGCAACUUGCAGACCAGAGGACUGGCACCUUGGAGGGAAAUGUGAUGUCUACCUUUGGGGAGCAGGACGACAUGGACAAUUAGCAGAAGCUGGAAGAAAUGUAAUGAUACCAACACUCGUACCUUCAUUUUCACAAGCUCAACAGGUUAUUUGUGGACAGAAUUGCACUUUUGUCAUUCAGGCCAAUGGAACAGUGAUGGCAUGUGGAGAAGGUAGCUAUGGCAGGCUUGGACAAGGCAAUUCAGAUGAUCUUCAUGUGUUAACUGUUAUUUCAGCACUGCAAGGUUUUGUGGUAACACAGCUUGUGACAUCCUGUGGAUCUGAUGGUCACUCUAUGGCUCUGACAGAAAGUGGGGAAGUCUUCAGCUGGGGUGAUGGUGAUUAUGGAAAGCUGGGCCAUGGAAACAGUGACAGGCAGCGCAGACCUCGCCAAAUAGAGGCCCUCCAAGGAGAGGAAGUUGUUCAGAUGUCGUGUGGCUUUAAGCAUUCAGCAGUAGUCACUGCUGAUGGGAAGCUGUUUACAUUUGGAAACGGUGACUACGGACGUUUGGGACUAGGCAAUACGUCUAAUAAGAAAUUACCAGAAAGAGUCUCAGCAUUGGAAGGUUAUCAGGUCGGACAGGUUGCAUGUGGACUAAAUCAUACUUUAGCCAUCUCAACUGAUGGGAUGAUGGUUUGGGCUUUUGGUGAUGGAGAUUAUGGAAAGCUUGGUCUAGGAAACUCUACGGCAAAAUCCUCUCCCCAAAAAGUGGAUGUUUUGUGUGGCAUAGGAACUAAAAAGGUCGCCUGUGGCACCCAGUUCUCGGUUGCCUUGACAAAAGAUGGUCAUGUGUACACCUUUGGGCAAGACCGCUUAAUUGGCUUGCCUGAGGGACGAGCACGGAAUCACAACAGACCUCAACAAGUACCUGCUCUGAAUGGAAUCUUCAUUGAAGAUAUUGUUGUCGGUGCUGAGCACACGUUAGCCCGUUCAUCAGCAGGAGAUGUUUAUGGAUGGGGCAGCAAUUCAGAAGGACAGCUAGGACUAGGGCACACUAAUCACGUAAGGGAGCCAACUCUCAUCACAGCACUGCAAGGAAAGAACAUUCAUCAGAUUUCAGCUGGGCGAUGCCAUAGUGUAGCAUGGACAGCUCUUCCAGUCCCUCCAAGAGCACCAGGAGUAUCAGUGCCACUGCAGCUCGGGUUGCCAGACUCUAUCCCACCUCAGUACAGUUCACUGAAAGAAACGAACAUUGAGACAAUCCGGACUCGGCUACGCUUGCUAUACCAUUUCUCAGACCUCAUGUACUCUUCAUGGAGACUUCUUAACCUUAGUCCCAACAAUCAGAGCAGUACAUCUCAUUAUAAUGCUGGAACAUGGGGAAUAGUGCAGGGACAACUAAGGCCUUUAUUGGCACCACGGGUUUACACACUUCCAAUGGUACGCUCCAUAGGAAAGACGAUGGUCCAAGGCAAAAAUUAUGGCCCGCAGAUCACCGUAAAAAGAAUAUCUACCAGAGGCCGCAAGUGUAAGCCUAUCUUUGUUCAGAUCGCUAGACAAGUGGUUAAGCUUAAUGCUUCUGACCUUCGACUACCUUCACGUGCCUGGAAAGUGAAGCUGGUGGGAGAGGGUGCUGAUGAUGCUGGGGGAGUAUUUGAUGACACUAUCACAGAGAUAUGUCAGGAGCUUGAAAUGGGGAUAGUAGAUCUGCUCAUUCCUACACCAAACGUCACUGCUGAAGUAGGCUAUAACCGAGACAGGUUCCUUCUUAACCCGUCAGCUUGUUCAGAAGAGCACCACAUGCAAUUUAAAUUUUUGGGAAUUCUUAUGGGUGUUGCCAUUCGUACAAAGAAACCAUUAGACCUUCACUUGGCACCAAUGGUCUGGAAGCAACUCUGCUGUAUUCCACUCUCCUUGGAAGAUCUCGAGGAAGUUGAUUUACUUUACGUACAAACAUUGAACAGCAUUCUUCACAUUGAAGACAGUGGGAUUUCAGAGGAGAAUUUCCAUGAGAUGAUACCUCUUGAUUCAUUUGUGGGUCAAAGUGCUGAUGGUAAAAUGGUUCCCAUAAUACCUGGAGGGAACAGUAUCCCGCUAACCUUUUCUAAUCGGAAGGAAUAUGUAGAGAGAGCAGUUGAGUACAGACUCUGUGAAAUUGAUCGUCAGGUGGCUGCAGUUCGAGAAGGAAUGUCUUGGAUCGUCCCUGUUCCACUGCUUUCUUUACUUACUGCGAAACAGUUAGAACAGAUGGUCUGUGGGAUGCCAGAAAUAUCUGUAGAAGUUCUGAAGAAAGUUGUGCGAUAUCGAGAAGUUGAUGAACAGCAUCAGCUGGUGCAGUGGUUCUGGCAGACACUGGAAGAAUUCUCCAACGAAGAGAGAGUUUUUUUUAUGCGUUUUGUUUCUGGUCGAUCCCGUUUGCCAGCUAACACUGCAGACAUUUCCCAGAGGUUUCAAAUUAUGAAGGUUGAUAGGCCUUACGACAGCUUGCCUACCUCACAAACUUGCUUCUUCCAACUGCGGCUCCCACCAUAUUCCAGCCAAUCACUCAUGGCAGAACGGCUGCGCUAUGCUAUCAACAACUGUAGAUCCAUAGACAUGGACAACUACAUGCUUUCGCGUAAUGUGGACAAUGCAGAAGGCUCUGAUACAGACUAUUAAAUUUCUGUAUGAACAAAAUUCAUUCUGUUAUGUGCACAAGGAAAUGCUAUGGGGAGCAUUGGUGCAAAGAAUCCUUUGGUAAUUAUAGCUGUAAUAGUAACUUCUGCAAACAGCCUACAAUAUUUUAAUUGUAUAUGUACUUGAAGAAAACAAAUGUGAAAUGUAAUUAGUUUCUUGAUUUUGACAAAUUGGCAGGUUUAAAAAGAAUACAUUUUCCUCCCUGUUUUUGUUCAUUUUUGAUAAGUUUGCAUGGAGAUAUUUUGAUGCAUAUUUGGGAAUGGUAUAGAUGACCCUCCCAGAUCUAGGAAAAAUGUAAAAAAAAUGUACAUUGUGUAUAAUUGUUCAUGAGGGAGAGAGCAAUUUACAUAAAUAUUCUUAUAUUUAUUUUGUUUUAAUUUGAAUUGCCUGUGCCGAGUUUCCUAACAGAACUACAUCAAAGAAUAAAAUGCUAAUAUAAAAUCA